AUGGAUAAAAAUUUUGAAGUUGAUGAUAUUAAUUCAAUAAAAACAUUAAAAGUUUAUAAUAAUGGCAAUUUGAUAUAUUUUAACAAAACAAAAUCAAUAAAAAGUUAGGUUUAAAUAGUUAAUAUACUUUAAUGUUAGGAAAUAGAUUCAUGAAAUGUGGAAGAAAUAGAGUUAUUUAUUUCUUCUAAUUAUAAAUGAGAGAAAAUAAUAAAUGAAAUAACUAUUACCAUUAUUUAUAAAAAAUUGGAGAAUAGUAUAAAAUAUGUAGAGAGAAAGAGAGAUAAUAAAAAUAGCGAAAAUCUUUGAGAGAAUUUCAAUGAGAGAUUUAAAGUAAAGUGAAGAGCUAUAAAGAAAAUUUAUUUAGUUAAAUUAAGAUUUGAAUAUUAAAAAGGUUUGA